AUGACGUUCAUGUUUAACAACAUUGCAUUACGCAAGCCUGCCUGGCAGCAGUAUAUGUUUCCUAGCUCGUCAUGGGGAGCGGAUAAAGCAGUGGAUGGGAAGUAUUCUAUCCGGACAGCUGCUGGAGAACAAUGUACGAUAUCUGACAAUAAUAAAAGAACUGCAACCUGGUGGGUGGAUGUAGGAGGUGUUCUCAGUAUACAUCAUAUAACUAUUUACUUCAGGACGGACGAUUUAUUGUGGGACGAAAAUAAUGGACACAUGGAACGCGUGCUUGGUUUCUCGGUUUACAUAUCAAACACAACUUACAAAGAUGGUGGUUAUCUAUGCUUUAAAGACACGAACUACACCAAGGCUACAGUACCGAAUACUACUACAAUAGAAUGUAUAAACCAUGGGCAGUACGUCAUAUAUUAUAAUGAAAGACUUCCAGGAGUUUCUUACCCCAUUGGAUAUUCUCAGUACGCAUAUAAUGAAAUCUGUGAACUUGAAGUUUAUGGAUGUCCUUCCACUGGGGUUUACGGAGAAAAUUGCGAUUUACCCUGUCCACAGAAAUGUCAGGAGAGACGUUGUGACAUACUGGAUGGGACAUGUUUUGGAUGUGUUGCUGGUUACAAAGGUUCACGAUGUGAAGAACAAUGUGAUAAUAAUAGAUACGGCCUUGAGUCAAAAGAAGUUGAUUUAAACCGACCGAGACUGUGA